AGCCAUCGCUAUAGACCUUAAACACUGGUUGUCUUACCAGAAGUUAAAUGAGCUAGCCGGUGCACUUUACCAUAUGCUCAAGGUUGACCCAGCGUUCACCCAGGAAUUUCGUCUGCUCUCAGAUUUCACCAAUCACCGCUAUACAGGAUGCCACCAAAACAGGAUGCGCUAGCCGUGAAUACCACCCGCGCACGACCCCGCUCCGCCUCUCCCCGCUCAGGUCUGGGCAGCGCAAGCCAUCGUCGUCUGACGGAGCUCAUCCCACAAGCGUUUUCCAAAAACACCGAGGAGAGAGGCAGCGAGCGAAUGCUAGGCGAGGUCCUCGAACAACUGUCGCCUGUCCUCGCACCGUCCUCCGGCCCAUCUUCACCAUCCCGAAGCAACACCCCAGUUCUGAAGAGCAGGAGCAGCGAGGAAUGGGAUGCGGCGUUGGGGGAGUACCGCAUCCUGAGAACCAUUGGAGAAGGCAGUUUUGGGAAAGUGAAGCUUGGUAUCCACCGCGCGACGGGUGCAUAUGUCGCCAUCAAAGUACUGCCGAAUCUGUCUGUUCCCGGUGCAUCCGCCAGCUCCAAGCCGCUAUCGCAACAGGAACGAGACGCCAACACUCCGACGGAGACUGACCGCAUCCUCCGCGAAAUCCUGAUCUUGUCGCAUUUAUCGCAUCCGAAUAUAUCGCGCUUGCUGCAGGUCGUUGCGGCGCCGGAUGCGAUCUUUCUGGUGCUGGAGUAUGAGAGCGGAGGCGAGCUGUUCGAUUAUAUCUGCAAGCAACCAUCGGGGCGUUUACAGGAGACGGAAGCUCGGGGUUUCUUUAGGGAGUUAUUGGGUGCGAUACAGUAUUGCCAUGCAAACGGGAUCGUACAUAGGGAUUUGAAGCCGGAAAACAUGCUAUUAUCGGAAUCAGGGCAUCUAAAACUGAUAGACUAUGGAUUCACAAACGUCAUCCGCCCCGAUGGCCUAUUGGAAACAUUCUGCGGCUCCGUCUCCUACGCUGCGCCGGAGAUGAUCGCGCGAAAAAAAUACACCGGCGCGGAGGCAGACGUCUGGUCUCUGGGGGUGAUUCUAUAUGUGAUGGUGUGCGGGGUAAUGCCGUUCGACGACCGGCAUAUGGGAAGGAUGUUUACGGCCAUCAUGAGUGGGAAAUACAGAGCGCCCGAGGGGAUCAGUGAAGAAUGCAAAGAUGUGAUCAAAAAGAUCCUGCAAGUGAAGCCCGCAGACCGGGCGACUCUCGCUGCUAUUCGGGACCAUCCCUGGACCACUGCGGACGGAACACUCCCGCCUAUCCACUUCUACGCACCCCAGACCGCGAAAGGCGAGAUUGGACCAUACCAGUUCGAACAGAACUUGGAUGCGAGUGUUAUGCAGGAAAUGGAGAAGUUGGGAUACGAGGAGGAAGAUGUGAGGGAUGCGGUGGACAGUGGCGAGCCCGGCAGCAUCUAUGCGUGUUAUUGGCUUUUGAAGCAACUGAAUGCACGGGAAGGAACGAAUGCAAAGCAGCAACAGAGCGCUGGCGUGAAAGGGGCGACGUCGCAAAAUCAGAUACCGGACGGAGAGGCCAAUAGGCCUCUGCAGCUCGUGAUUCCUGAGAGUCAUAGUCCAACGUUCGCAAUGACCCCGACGGCAGAUGGCGCGUUGAAGGAUGGCGGUCAGCGCCUCGAGUCUGCCGUACCCAAUCCCUUCACCCCACGUACGGCGCAAGCCUUCUCCCUUUCCCCAGCAGAGGCCCUCUUCUCCCCUCCUUCCGCCGCCCCUACAACCUUCACAACCUCCUUUCAAUCCUCCCUUCUCCCUCGCGCUGCCAAAUACAACUACGACUCCCAUCACGGUGGUGCUCCGUCCACGACCUCGUCCUCGUUGCUGUCACGGAUACGGCAGCAGCCGCACGUCCAGCCACCCUCACGCACGACGCAGUCCCCAAGCGUCAGGGCCUCCGAGCCGCGGACCCUCCUCCUCCCAAUCCGCAUCCUCACGCAACUACGCAACAACCCCGCGAUCACCAUCGACCGACGAUCGCCUACGGUGUAUACCUGCACCGUUUCCCCAACGAAUCAGAAGAGGGCGUCGGUGGGCAGCCCGCUGGAUGCCGCGACGCCGGAGUUGGCGAUGGAUAUGAUUUUGGGCAAUCUGGUGGCGGACGAGCUUGCAAAGGAAGACGCGGGGAGGAGGUUCGAUGUGGAGAUUGUCGACGAGCAGUGGUUGAAAUGUAGGGAGGAUAGUGGGGACUUGGACGGGAGAGGAGACUUUGAGGCGUUUUUGAAUCUCUUGGUCGAGACAUAG